AUGACUGAAAUGUGCACUGACCAACUUUUCUUCCUUCCAGACAACAAAAUGGCACUUGAAGUGACGCUGACGUCGGUGGUGGCAGCAAUUAUGGUGUGGGCCGUUCAGGUGGAGAACGGUGGUGUCCUCAAUACCGUUUUCAAAGUUGUGCCAACCUCGACACCUGGCACCGUGGAAUUUGACGUGUCAGACGACCUGAUGCAAUCGAAUAUUGAUUACGUCAUGUCAGCGCUGUUAUUGAAACCGAUUUCCUUGCCCGUGCUAGAGGCAAUGCCCGAGAGUCUGGGAGGUGGGGCGUCUGGUGUGGCCAACGCCCACGCCCACCCCAACCGCGAGCCCAACAUCUUCUGGACCACAGUCGCACUCUACGUGCUCAUCGUUUUCUUGAUUAUCGCGAUCCAAGUGAUCAACUGUUGUUGCUGCUGCUGCAGUGGUGGGGAAACAGGGUUGUACUUUGAUACUAAAUUUCAGGUGUAUGGAUCAAUGAAUCCCUUGCAAGUGGCUGCGUUACGAAGUAGAGUGGGACACAAGCAACUGGUGUGUCGCAUCGCGUACCUCGCCGUCCUGGUACUCGCGGUGGCCUUCCUGGCAGCCUGCAUCAUCCUCAUAUUCGUCUACUUCAGCAGCAUCGGUGUGUUGAUGAGCUACCUGGAAGCCCACAACGGGAGCGCAGAGGAGACGAGUUCCAUCCAAAAUGGACUGCAGGCACUCACGACACACGUGACACAGUUUAUGAAAACAGGCAUUGAAUCCGGACGCACACUGACCGAUAAUUCUCUCACCGAUUUCAUCAAAAAUACAAAUGCAGAAAUUUCAUCCGGACUCUCUGGAACUAUUGACAAUCUGCUGCUUUACUUGAGUGUUGCGAAUGUUUUGGCAAAAGGAGGGGAAACUGUUAAAGCUUUGAAAACGUUUUCUAUGUAUGUGACCGAUGCGAGUGAUUCAAUCAACGCUUUGAAGGGUGGCGUUGCCGCUCUUUGCAAGAAGAUGGAUGAAGCGCGUGAUGAAUUUAAGAAUGCAUUUCGGACUGUUACAAAUUGCGAUCAGGAAUGCCAAAAAUUAAAAACAGCAACAGAAAAUUUAUAUUGUCCAAUCGAUCUCAGUGCAAUUGACACAUCAGUAACAAAUCAAUUUACCACAGAAUUACAAAAGACGGUGGCAGAUUUAGAAAAGAAAUUGGCAGAUGUCAAUAAAGCAAUCAAGGAUAUUAAAGCGUCAACAAGCAAAAUGGUUGAUUCGAUAGAGGAAAAACUUGACCUCAAAACGGUGCUCAGUUCGAUCAACAAGUUUUGGGAUGACACCAGUGCACAGGUUGGUGGUGUGACCAAGAAUCUGGAAGACCUCUCCACCUCUGUGGACAACGGACUUUCACAAUACUCGGGAUAUAUUCGCAUCGGCUUCUACGUAAUCGGAGGGUUCUUCAUAGUCAUGUUGGUCAUCGCAGCCCUCAUUGCUGCGCGACUUCUUUACCGCGCUUUUCGAGAUCGACUCUACGCUGGCGCUGACACCGUGCUCACAUAUACACCUGGCAAUAAGUGGGACAAGAUUGUCUGCGGAAAGGGGUCGGUGUGCUGCUGUUCGGUGAUUUUUAUCCCAAUCCUGCUCAUCUUCGCCGCCAUUAUUGCAGUUCUGCUAUUUGCCUUGACAACGGUAUCAGGCGAAGCCUGCAUCUACGUCACACGGGAAACAGGUGUGAACAAGACUGACUUCGUGGUGGACGGAUUGUUGGCUCGGCGAUGGUCGUCACUUGUCGGUGGGUCGGUUGGAGGAGCCAACGACUUCCUCAACACCCCACCUCCCAAACACGUGCUCCACGCCCUCACCCAGAGCUGUCGUGGCAGCACAAUGCAGUCAUCCCGACGUGGCCUUCUGUCUGCUGUGGGAUACACCAACCUGGUGGAUGUCUCGAAGUUGGUCAAAAGCCCACAAGUGCAGGAGGGAAUUAAGGAAGGAAAGAAAACUGUUAGUGAUGAGGUAAAAAAGCUUAAGAUUUCGUCAAAACUGCCCAGCGAAAGUGAAUUAGAGAAAGCACAAACUGAUCUCGAGAAGGCAAUUAAGGAUCUUAAUCUAACAACACUCAUCAACUCAACGAAUUCAAACCUGCUGAAUCCUGCACCUAUUGAAAAGCUUAUUUCUGAACUGACGGAUUAUUCUAACCGAAUUUCACAACAAAAUGCCUUUGAAAAGGGGAUCAACAUCCUGAAAGACGUAGCUGUCAAAAUGAAAAAUCUCCAACCAGAGAUGGAUAGCACGAGCGUUCACCUUCAGAAAGUUGACACAGAGAAAGGUGAAAUUAUUCGACCUGUUAAAGGACUAGUAGAGGCUUUUAAAACAACCAUUAAGGCUGCCAAAGAUGAAUCUGCGUUGAUAGGUGAAGUUGACAAGCAGUAUGACAAGGUGACUACAGAACUGCUUGACUUCAUGGAGAAGGACGGUGGUGUGGCAUUCUCGCACCUCACCCAGGAACUCUUCCCUUGUGAGGAGGCCUACCGAGCAGUCAAUGUGGCACUGGCAGUGUCCUGUGGUGACGAGGGAGGCCUCAAUCGAUUCGUCGGUGUGGUCUACGUCCUGGCACUCACCGUCCUCUUCAUCUGCUUCUUCUACUUCUCCCUCUUCAAUCUCGCCUUCAUGCAGGCCAUCCAGAUUCAUCGGUUGUCGGCCACGAAACUCGAAGACUCUAGUACCGACUUCGGAGAAGACUACGAAGGCGAGGACAAAGAUUCCACUUAA